UUAUAUGCGAGCACAUGGCACUCAAGCCCCGCCAGCUGUCAAACCCGCACUGCCUCCCCGACGGCCGACCUCUGCGAUCGUGCCCUGAAAAACAGCCGACUGUCAACCACCAUUCGUCAACAAGAUAGGGAUUUUCUGCACUUGUCGUCUGAUCGGACGCAGAACAAGCCCAGGGAAGUCACGGUUUCCCGCCACUAGGAGAGGUCUCUACCAUUCUGACAAGCGAGACGAGGAAGGCAUGAAAGCACGCCGCGCGUCCCGUGAAAACAAAGCCAUGAAAUACCGCGAAAGGUUCUACGGAGAGGACGAGGAGGUGUUCUCUGGGAGUCGGCGCCAGCGGCACUCCGACAGCACUCGGAAACGCCGAGGAAACCUCCCGAAAGAAGCUGUGCAGAUCCUCCGGGCUUGGCUGUACGACCACCGCUACAACGCCUACCCCACAGACGCAGAGAAGUUGGAUUUGGCUCGAGAAGCUGGUCUCACUGUGUUGCAGGUUUGUAAUUGGUUCAUCAACGCUAGGCGGCGUAUCCUCCCGGACAUGAUCCGCCGGGAUGGCGCCGAUCCAAGCGAGUUCACCAUCUCCCGCCGCACCAGCGCCAAACGACAGGGCAGUUACGCCGACACGUCCUCGGAGGACGGCCGGUCCAGCCCCGAGACGUCUCCCGAGACGCCGCCUUACCCGACGUGGAUGCAGGAGAUGCUGGAGGGAAAGAUGAAGCAGUACAAGUCAGAGGACGACCUGCCGGGAAGCAUGACGCCACCGGACUCUCCACAUCACCAGCCUCACCCACUGUCACGUGCUGACGACAACUCCAACUGCAGGGAAGGAUUGCACGAGGCUCUGGUCAGCAGGCUGGCCGAGAAACUGAGGAGACAAGACCGCUGGAUCCACGCGCAGCACGAAGCACCCAUCCUGUCGUCCCAAAUACCCGUCAGCAGGCUGCCAUCCAGCGCCACUCCUCCAGCAUCCCUCAGCCUACGUCAUCACGACGUCAUCCGAGCGGACUGUACCACACAGACGUCACCGGUGGAUCUGACGACACAGAGAAAAGAAGUCUGCACUUCUUGUAUGCUGGGAGGGAAGUGUCCAACACACGCCCAGCCUGUGGGACAGACGCCGCCACCGACACCCCCCGGGGAAGAGGACGACAUGUUCGGCUGCCUGCGCCUUCUCGUAGACGUGGCUGUGAGUCAGAUUCAAGACCAUCCUGCGAACAAGAACACUUCCGCACCCUUUCGCAUCACCACCUAGUGCAGGGCAGAAAAGUGCAGGACAGUUGCAAUGGGCUAAGAUACGUUCCCGCCAAAAACUCCACGAAAGUUGCAAGUUACAAACAAAAAACAAGUUCCAAAGUUGCCACGUCGACUUGGCGGGGUCGUAAACAAUGUAGCCCGACGAAAAACCCUCGCACCUUGGGACCAAAUAAAGAGCAUGUGACCAUGCGCAGCUUGGAAACUGGCCAGUCCUGCCCCGCUCAGUAUACACGGCAUCCGGGGAGCGGCCGGGUCAACCACCGGAUCGAGCACUGAGUCAAUAAGCAAGUCUCAGACGGGGUCCAGAGGUUACUCCAACAGUCCAGUAGUUUAACAAAACAUCUCUUAAUUGUUUAACCGUUGUCUGUGUUCUUUACACUAAGUGUAUAUGUUAUCAAUGGCUACUCGGUUUUCUAAGCGGACUAUUUUUUCAUGUUUAUAAUGUGUUCAUUUAUAGCAGUGCUUAAAUGACAAUCGACGCUGUUGUAAAUUUUUACAGACUGUACAAAUGUUUUCUCUCACCCUGACUUUUAAAAAAUGUGAAAUUCUAAUGAAAUUUAGAGCGGGGUGUAUUAUUAAUAUUAGCGAUUUUGUCUUGUGUAAAUAUCUUGCCCCAGUUAAGAAUACGUGGGUUUUUCCGCAAGUAGACGUGUACGUACGUGGUGAAAAUACACUUCAAAAACACAUGCAUUUGACAGCUCCAUGUUUGAACAUUGUAUCAAGGUCUGUUGACACACCUAAUCGCCCUCCCCCUAGCGUCUAGGUGUGCACUCUUUUGAUGUUUGCCGUUCUACUUUCGUACGGCUCUGUUUGCACAUUUCACUCGCGUUAGACUGGCGACAGUUUCUUCUCGUAAACAGUACACGACAGGUGAUAGCCGACCAGGUAGCACACAUGGUAAGAACAAAAGAACAAAACCCUUGUACAAAACGUAGGUUCCCCUAAUAUACACGGCAAUACUUUGUAUGAAUUGCGAUAUGGUACGAAAAGAUUCAAAUGUAAGUAAAAGAAUUCUUGCUUUGUGAAUUUCUGCAACUGUUUGCAUGGUCAAAUGGCACCUUGUGUCAACAAAUGUUGAUCAAUUGUGUAUAUGUUCCAGACGAUUGGAAUUUGUGUAGACAAUGUUUUUUGGAUUGCUUUCAGAAAUAAAGAUUGAGAGAAAUAUA